GCUGGCUGCUUUGUUGGGACCACCGAUGCUGUGACUUUCGGCGACUCGUCCAGAAGAGAUAACAGGAGGUAUUCACAGUCUGUGCUGGUUAGUAGACACUGUAAACUUCUUUCUAAGUUCACAGCCAGCGCUUUUAUCGCUGCGUGGACGCUUCAGACGACAGAAGCUAGGCUCUCCUGUAUAUAAACAAAACGCAGCGAGCUGCUGUUUAAGGUGGCCCAUCAGAGAUAGCCGCAGCUACACCGAGGCUCCUCCGAAUCCCGGUUUGAUAAGUUAGCUAAGUUCGUGACGGCCGCGCUGUCAGCCAUGGAAAUCAGCACACAGCUUCGUUAGGAGUUCAGCUCCAAGACGUGCGCUGGGAACAUGAGAGAGGAGGACAGUUUGUUGUCAGGAAGGCAGCCCAUGGCAAGUGGAAGAGGGGGCGAACAUCCCUGCUGCUGCCCCUACUUGACAGAGGAGAAAGGAGCACUUGCUUUCGAGAAGGGUGUCCUGGGGUCUCUUGGUCGUUUGUCCGCGUCCAAGUGGUGAAAAAUCAAGACUUUGGCACAAAAUGGAGACGGUGGGGAAAUUUGAGUUCAGUCGGAAGGACCUGAUAGGACAUGGCGCAUUCGCUGUCGUCUUCAAAGGCAGACAUCGAGAGAAACAUGACUGGGAGGUGGCAGUAAAGUGCAUAAACAAGAAGAACCUGGCCAAAUCCCAGACACUGCUGGGGAAAGAGAUCAAAAUACUCAAGGAACUGAAGAACGACAACAUUGUUGCAUUACUGGACUUUCAGGAAACUGCCAGCUCAGUGUACCUGGUAAUGGAGUACUGUAAUGGGGGCGACCUUGCUGACUACCUACACUCCAAAGGCACGCUGAGUGAGGACACUAUUCGGGUUUUCCUACAGCAGAUUGCAGGAGCCAUGAGGGUCCUACAGACCAAAGGCAUAAUCCACAGGGACCUCAAACCCCAGAACAUUCUUCUCUCCUACCCACCAGGACGCAAGUCGCACUCUAACAACACCUGCAUCAAGAUCGCGGACUUUGGCUUUGCCAGGUACCUUCAGAACAACAUGAUGGCAGCAACGCUCUGUGGGUCCCCUAUGUACAUGGCUCCUGAGGUCAUUAUGUCCCAAAAUUAUGAUGCCAAGGCUGACCUGUGGAGCAUAGGAACCAUCGUGUUUCAGUGCCUGACUGGGAAGGCUCCUUUUCAGGCGAGCAGUCCCCAGGACCUCCGGCUCUUCUAUGAAAAGAACAAGACUCUCAGCCCCAACAUCCCCAGAGAGACUUCAAGCCAUUUGAGGCACCUGCUGCUCGGUCUGCUGCAGCGCAACCACAAGGACCGCAUGGACUUCGAUGAGUUUUUUGGUCAUCCUUUCCUGGAGGCUAGCUCAUCCAUGAAAAAGACGACUCCGACUGUGUCCAUGACCUGCUUCCCAAGCUCUGCAUCAGCGAGCUCGUGUAGCAGCUCCUCCACCUCUCACCUCGCCUCACCACCGCAGUCUCUUGCUGAGGUUCAGCAUUUGCGUGCCAAAGCUCUGGCCUCCCCUACCCAGGAGGCCGCUGGCUUUCUCCUCAAGGACUCCUCUGGUGGGGGCAUCAGCAGCAAGAACUCCUCUUCCUGUGACACAGAUGACUUUGUCAUGGUGCCCGCUCACUUCACCACAGGUGAGCUGACAUGUGAGAGUAAAGUGCUGCCAGACAGCCUGAUGAACAGCGGCUCUCUUCUGGCUUCUGCUGGUCUGUGUAGCCAAGCCAAAACACCACCACACUCACCUUCCUACAGCGGGUCUCCAAGUCCUGUCAGGCCCAGUGAGUUCCCGGGAGGUAACUAUGGUGGUAACUAUGGAAACCAUGGUCAGUCAUUGCCUAUCCCGGUCCCCACUCAGCUCCAGAACUACCAGCGCAUGGAGCAGAACCUCCAUUCUGCUAAACAGGAUGGCUCACCACGGCUGUCGACACCAGUGCGCCGCUGCAGCAGUGGAAGCUUGCUGGGCUUUGCUCGGACCGGGCCUUCACCGCCCUACGGCCAGGGAGCCAUCACCACCAAUCGCCGGCUUUCCCUGGGGGGUGCCAGACCCUUCCAGCUCUCCCCACAAGCUCCUCAGCACGCUGAGCACCGGCCGACUUCUCAUCAACACCCACAGACAGGACUGGGCACACGGCUCCACAGUGCCCCCUGUUUGUUGGAGUGUGCCAGUGGCGGUGGCAGGCAAAAGAUCAGGAAGCAGCACUCAGACCCGGUGGUGGCCCCCUCGACAGGCCUGAUGACUGUGCGCCCGCUGCACUCCUCCCCCAGACUCAGUGAGCUGAUGCAGCGAAGCCCCCUCCCCACCAUCCUGGGCUCUCCCUCCAGGGCCAUCCCUCCAUUUGAAUUCCCCAAGCCUCCCAGCUCUCCGAACCUUAUGACCUUCCUGACACAACAGGGUUUGGUCAUCGGCCCCCCGUGCAGCAGGACUGCCCCAGGAGAGCCCAGAGACCCAGGACAACAAGCACCUACACAGGCUACCCAACCUGCCCACUGCAUCCACAGACUGAGUGAUGAAACCAAGGGCUUUGAAAGGUCUCAGAGUGCCGGUCGUCUGUCUGACAUGCUGCUGAUGGCUGCGUUUGGACCAGGCGGACUUGUGGGUGACCGAGGCAGCACAGAGAACCUCACCUCUGAAAAAGCCAUAGACAUAACAGUGCCCCCUGCUGGUGGGGGAGGCCUUGCACCUGGCUCCAACAGCCCAGUACAGGUGGUUUUCACUGUGGGCUCUCCUCCCAGUGGGAGCACCCCACCUCAUAUCUCCAGACAGAGGAAAUACUCAGGCUCGUUCACUUCAGUCAGCCCCGCAGGCUCCUUCACAAGCCGCUACCCACAGACAGGCACCUAUCUGGAUGGCUUUGAGGCUCCUUCUAGUCCUCGCUACAGUUUCACUGAUCCUAUCACAGCCAACAUGGGCGGUCCUGUAACCUUCGAGGCUCCCGAGCUGCCUGAGGAGACGCUGAUGGAGCAGGAGCAUACAGACACUGUGCAAAGCCUGCGCUUCACGUUGGAUUUUGCCCGCUGUCUGAUGGAGGUGGCUGGAGCGCGUGGGGCCGCGGUGAUGGGGGAGCUGGGGGAGCUGGGGGAGCUGGGGGAAUCUUCUCAUCCCUCCGUCUUUCAGCAGCAGAGCCUGGUAGCAGAUCAGAUAAGCUCACUAAGCCGAGAGUGGAGUCAUGCAGAACAGCUGGUUCUCUACCUUAAGACUGCAGAGCUCUUGUCCACUUCCUUACACACAGCCAUGGAGCGAGUCAAACAGGGCAAACUCUACCCAUCUGCUACGGUCAAACAAGUAGUGAAGAGGCUGAAUGAGCUGUACAAGUCCAGUGUGGCGUCCUGUCGCUCACUCAGCACCCGUCUCGAGCGCUUCUUCUCCAGGAAGCACCGUCUAAUGGACCAAAUCACCUCCAUCACAGCUGAGCGGCUGCUGUUCAGCCACACUGUGCAGAUGGUUCAGGCUGCUGCACUGGACGAGAUGUUCCACCAAGGGGAAGCAUCAGCCCUGCGCUACCAUAAAGCUCUGCUGCUGAUGGAGGGCUUGUCUCUGCUGCUCACCGAACAGGACGAUAUCGUCAGCGUUAGCAAAUGUAAGGAGUGCAUUGAACGCCGCCUUACAGCUUUGCAGUCAGGACUCUGUGUUUGAGAGUCCUCCGCUGCUUCUUGGAGUGUGGAUAUGAUGUCAGUCAUUUGCACCCUGCACAUUACCAAGGAACUACAUCUGCACCCACAUCUCAUGGUUUUCACUUAGACAUGCUUUCGUUUUCACAAGAAAACCACAAGGCUUCAGUUUUCACUGAACCUCCGGGGUGUGGGCUCUCUGAAUGGCUUGCCGUUCAUCUCGAGGUUUGGACAGUGGCGGUGACUUCCCCAACACCAAACUUGUGUUGGACAUGAAGCACUUGUGCCGUGAAAGAAUGUCUGCGCUCUCGUCUGUUUGAAAGGACUUUGCUCCUGGCAUCGGAAAUGGUGUUUUUUGCCAGGAAGAAGCUUCCCUUCACUAGGUGUAACACAUGCAGGAGCGAUUAUUGCCAAGUAGUCACAUACCCACAUACAGUACUUAUCCAAACAUAAACAAAUUUUUUUUUUUUUUUUUUUUUUUUUUUGUGGAGGGGGCUGCAAAUACGCUACAAUAUGCUACAAAUUUGCAAUAGGCAACUCUAUAGACUAAGUGCUAUAUUUUACCAAGUCGCUGGAGGGAAAGUGCAGUAUCUGCUGUACAACUACGUACAAUGAGGAUGUGUGCUGAUGAAGACCGGGUAUGGCCAAGUAUCAUACUCUUCAAAUGUGUGUUUGUCCUAAACCUUUUCCUGGGUUUAUUUCUCCUGGUUUAAUCUAAUUUUAACUUGCUUGCUGAAGGAAGGUAUAAAUAGCAACGCUUCCGUUGUUAGCUGGUAGCAGAUUCAAGCACUAUUACACAGUUGUUGCCAAAAUGACUUUUUUGCUAGGUUGUACUUUAGAGUCACUGUAGGUACCUAUGCUGGUUAGGACACGUUACUGAUCCUAUGUUUGCGUCUUGUCAAAAACCACAUCCCAUCAUUGAAACAAUGAUGUAAGAGGGAUUUUUGUUUUUCAAAUGUUGGCGGGUAUUAAAGCAGCAGGCAGAAAAGGGGUCCAGAAAACACUCACUAUCCCACUGCUACAUGUAACAUAUAGCUUUUAAUUAAGGGGGAGUGAAAAUGGUCUGAUAGCAUCCCUGAUCACAAUCACCUUAAAGAUGCUGCAAUAACCUGGGAUGUAUUCUUCAGGUGUACAUAAGCUUAGAUGCUGCUGUUGCUGGUAGUUUCUUCACACAAUUCCAUGUUCUGUCUGUUUGUACGUUAUCAAUCAAUCAUGUCAGAGUUUGGCAAGUAUAAUCGAAUUUUGAAUGUCGGGCUGACAGGAGAGGAAUAGUGCUAAUAUUAGCCAAGUGUUAGGCAAUUUGGAUUUAGACUUAUCCCGGGGCUAAUGUCUGAAUGUUUUGCACUGUUGAAGUACUGUAGAGAAUGAUAUUGAGUGGAGCAUGCUAAACAUGUUCACUCUUUGUAGAUACCUAGACAGAUUUGCUGAUUUAGAGAUUUCUUUUUCCAUACUUUUAUUGCAGUUUUAGUUGUAUUAUAGUUGCUGUUGAAAGGUAAACGUAUGUUAGGUGUGAGAAUGUUGACACAGAGAUGGUAUAAGCUAUGAAACCAUAGGAAGAUUUCUGGAAAAAAGGAAAAGAAAAAUCGCUUUACACUGAAAACCUGCAUCGGUUGUGUUGUGUUCUAUUUCAGAUUAGUCAGUGUGUGAAGAUUGUGUUUAAUUUUGAAAAGUGUAACGUUGAUUUGGAGUGCUAGUUGAUAAGUGUAUUUUAUCUGAAAUAUUUAUGUAUUGUUGAUAUUGACCUUAGCCAUAUGUUUCAACAGGAUACCUUUACUCCCCUAAAUUGUGAGCCAAUUGGAAAGGUCAACCUCGACUUUGGUUGCUUUCAGAGAGAUGUUUGUGUGCAUGCAUGUGUAUGUGGGGUGAUGUUUGGUUUGGACAGUGGAUUUGCUUUGUACAGAACUAGUGACAUUGCUCUGUAACAAGAUGUGAAAGAUUUGAUUUGAUUCCAGUUGACUAGCGUGGAUAUAGUAAGAUCCUACUUAAACAUAUGAAACUGAAACAUCCCCUGAAACCAAGGGUUCCUCUGGUGUAACCCACUACCAGGCCCAGUACUACUUUCUUUUCCCUGAGGUGUAUUUUCGUCUGCCUUUUUAAGUUAAUUAAGAUGAUGACAAAGUGCAUAUUUUAGAAUGCGUUGCUGAUGUAUGGUAAGGGCUGAAGAUGGUUUAUGCUGAUAUUAUGAAGCCAAUAUAGUAGCACUGUCAGCGGAGCAGAAUGGAGGAAAGGUUCUUCUCAGUGAAGAUUCUCUAAACAUACAUGUGUAUUUGCUUUGUGGCCUUUUUGUUUGUAGCGUGUCUCUAAGGUUUGUUUGAGCGUACGCUUCUAAUAUCAACUCAUCCACAGGUUUUCUGACUCUUACACAUGCUGCUCUGUUGACAUCUUACCUUUAAAAAAAAAACAAAAAAAACGAUGCAUGUGUCACUUUUUAUUGUUCCCCACAAUCAUUGCUACCAGACAUCCUAAUGAUGAUUAUCUUCGGUCAGAGUCAAAAGCACCAUAAAGAUCAUUUGUGCAGGAGCUGAAAUAAUUGAAGAGAAUGGUGGUGGCACAGCAGGUUCGUGUAGGAAGUGUGGAGACGGUACAGGCACAAAUCCACUCUGCUGAAGUGUCCUUUAGUGAGAUACUGACUCUUUAUCAUCUCCAGAGCUACUGUUCAAAGCAUCACACACAGCAAAGACAGAAAUGUGUAACCUUCAUGAAGAUUCUGCUAUGUGAACUCCCAUAAUAGAUCUGUCAUUGAUUUACUUUUCUUUUUUUAUGUGUGAUAAGGACAUACCUGAAUGUUUUCAUUUUGUGUUUUCACUUUACUAAUUCUAUAUUACCUGUAAAUAGUGUAAAUUAAGUUAUUGUUGUUAUUGUGUAUAUGAUGCUGCAGGCAUGGAGAGAACAGUACCAUACCACCUAUACAUUUCCAAAGAAUUGGCCUUCUGCUGAUCUUCCAUAUUGUCUCUUACUGUUGCAAAAGCAUUUUAAUGUUGUCAUAUCCAUGACAGACACACUAUCUCAGUGUCCCUGUGUGUGAUGUAACCUUUACUGUUUGAGAGUUGCAACAUGAAUAAAGUGAAAGGAAAGGUAAUUUGUGUUCAGGUGAUGUGAGUUUCCUCUGCUGUCAUGUCCCUGUGGUUAUGAAGAUUCAAGUUUUACUUGAAGAGAAGCUUGUGUUAGUGACAAAUGUUACAAUUCUAUACACCUGAACCUGCACCCAGUUGAUCAAUAAACCUCA